AUGCAUCAAUUCAAACUUUCCUUUCAGUAUAAUUAUUUGUCAGUGCGGUUGCAGUUUGAUAUAUGGUCCUUUAAUCAUAGUUCUACAAUCAAAACAGCUGUAGAGAAUCAUUUGAUAUUCCGUUUGAAGAAGAAUUUCAAGCGUUUACCAUUUCCAGAACCAAGGAACCCUAAAGAACCGCAGAAUUUAACUUUGUCCGAUGCAAGAUUGGUCGGUGGAAAAUUGCGAAUUACUCUCAGAUGGGUUAAGCCAACCUCGGACGUGCCGAUAACAUUCUACAAAGUAUUUUGGAGCCGCCUUGUACACGGUCCGACCAACGAUUCCAUUCUCGUUUAUCACAGGACGGUCCUGAAGACACCGCAUUUGGACAUAUGGCGACUCCGAAGCGAGUGUACGUACAACGUGAACGUACGGAACAUCUUCGACGACGAAAGCAGUGACAAACAUGGCACCAGCAUCGAGUUCUUUGCUACCGGCUGUCAGAAGGAGUAUGAUCAGAAGGAGAAGAAAUAUUCAAAGGAUAAAAUAAUACAGUGUAAGAAUAAAUCGUUGAGAAGUAAACGGUAUUUUACUGGUCUAUCACUGAUAUAA